AGGGCCACACACCCCCGCGAGUCUGUCUUCAUCAUGAGUGGCUUAGACACGGCGAGUGUGUGAGUGUGUGCGUGUGUGAGCACCAGGAUAUCGGAUCAGUGAAGGCAUAUCGAAGAAGAAAAGUGGGAUCCGACUUGGUCCCGAUUGGACCCUCCCUCCGACAUGGAGUUCUCGUCCUCUCCCAAACCGCAGCUCUCGUCGCGGGCGAACGCUUUCUCCAUCGCGGCGCUGAUGUCCAGCGGGAGGCCGGCGAGCAAAGAGAAGGAGGUGGAGGAGGAGAGCACUAUCAAGCCUCUGGAACAGUUCGUGCAAAAGUCUCAGCAGCCCGCACUGUCCGAACUCUCCACCCUGGACGGAGGGGACUUCGGCGGAAGCGCGCCCGCCGCGUGCACGGAGCCGCUCAUCCCCGCUAAUCCCGGAAUCCCCAGUGAGGAGAUGUCCAAGAUCUCCUGCAACCUGGAGACCAAAGAGUUGUGGGACAAAUUCCACGAGCUCGGGACCGAAAUGAUCAUCACCAAGUCCGGAAGGCGGAUGUUUCCUACCAUCCGGGUGUCCUUCUCCGGAGUGGACCAGGACUCCAAGUACAUCGUCCUCAUGGACAUCGUCCCGGUGGACAACAAGCGCUACCGAUACGCCUACCACCGCUCCUCCUGGCUGGUGGCCGGCAAGGCCGACCCUCCGCUGCCCGCCAGGUUGUACGUCCAUCCAGACUCACCGUUCACGGGAGAGCAGCUGAUGAAGCAGAUGGUUUCGUUCGAGAAGGUCAAGCUGACCAACAACGAGCUGGACCAGCACGGUCAUAUCAUCCUGAACUCCAUGCACAAGUACCAGCCGAGGGUCCACAUCAUCAAAAAGAAGGACCACACGGCGUCGCUGCUCAACUUCAAGUCGGAGGAGUUUCGGACCUUCGUCUUUGUGGAGACUGUCUUCACUGCCGUCACCGCGUACCAGAACCAGCUGAUCACCAAGCUGAAGAUCGACAGUAACCCAUUUGCUAAAGGCUUCAGAGACUCGUCCAGACUCACGGAUAUGGAGAGAAGGAAAGAGAUUUAUUUGGUUUGUGCCUUCCACUUCUGCUGCAGGGAGAGUGUGGAGAACCUGAUCCAUAAGCACUCAUACGCCCGCUCCCCCAUCCGGACCUACGGCGCCGAUGAGGACACGCUGGGGGAGGACUCGCACACCACACACGCUCGAGGGUCUGCGUUCUCGGCCUCAGACCAGCUCUCGCUCGGCUCCUGGGUCAGCACCACUUCAGGCUUCUCAGGCUUCCAGCACCCACCAUCGCUGUCGGCCAUGAGUGGCGGCCCCACCUCCCUGCCGCACCCCAUCCAGGGCGCCCUGCCUCCUUAUAGCCGGCUGUCCAUGCCACUGACUCCGGGUGCCCUGGCCGGGUCCAGUGGACCCACCUUCCCGUCCUUCCACAUGCCCCGCUACCAUCACUACUUCCAGCAGGGACCGUACGCCGCCAUCCAGGGCCUCCGCCACUCGUCCACCGUCAUGACGCCGUUUGUAUGACUCUGAACUAACUUCGGAGCAGCUCUGUACAUAGCUCACCUCGUGCUGGCGCCCCCUGUAGACCAGGGUCAACUGAAGGUGGAUUCUCUGGGAAUCAAACUGCCAACCACACCAGCGAGCCGACGAGCGGACGGACAGUUUGUGUACAAAUAUGAAACUAAGUAUUUAGUCGCUAUUGUAAACAAAGACGGGCAGCAGGGGGCGCUGGAGUGCAGCAAUGGACUUGUUGCCUUUUGUCAUGUGGAGUUUGACGGGCAAGUGGACACCACAU